AUGAAGUUCUCUCUCCUCACUUUCACCCUUCAAGCGAGCUGUCUUCAGCACCACUCUUACAACGACCUCUCAAUCAGUGGAGGAGUGGCUGGGAAUGCCCAACAAGAGGCCCUGCAGAAGCUGGGUGGCUUGCCCAACGAUCUCACGACCGUCGAGGAGUCCGACUUGGAUUUCCUCAACAGUGUGAACCAGAUUGCCAACGACGCAGAGACUGACGCAUUCAACGUCGCCAUUGAUGCAGCUGAUGGAGAAAGGCCGAUGCUCUCCAGGCGCAGGGCCAGGAUGUGUCCGAAGAAGCUCGCCACAGAGCAGCAGAAGCUCCAGAACAACAUUGCGCAGGAUGAGGAGGCAGCUGGUCUGGCCUCAACCUUCCUCUCAUUUGAUGCCACCACCGACUAG